AUGGUGGCACGGGAAUUUCGCGAUGUGUUGAGUGUGAUAGCCACCAUUCUGUGGAGUAUUUUCUUGAUGCCUCAUUUGGUAGACAGCGUCAACGGUGUGAAAACCUGGUCAAAGUGGUACGAUGGCAAACUUCUCAACGGAACAAACAACGGAACGCUGGACAGGAUUAGAGAGUUAUUCAACUAUGACUGCAACGACAUCGACAAUGUGGAAUGCACAACAAAAAGCUCGACAACGAAUGAAACUACAACGACAACCUGGCCAGAUGGUCAAUACUUUCGCCUUCCUUGUGAAACCUUUACUGGCAGUAUCUGCGAGAUGAUAAACAGCAACCAGUGGGCGCUGGUGAUUCCCUGUAAAGAUUUUGAGAUGCGCUUUCUUUGUCACAACGCAGAUUCCACCAAGACAGAUACAAUCACACCAGACACUGUCAAUAUCAACGGAGGAUUCAUUGCUAUGGCGGCAGGCCUUUCUGUGGUUGUUCCUCUCGUGUGUGUGCUGGUCAUGCAACUAAGACGAGCUAAACGGGAGGAGAGGCAGAGAGAGCGGAGACGGAGAGAAGGAGGAGGAGAAGAUAAUGCUGCCACAGAUCUUCCACCUUCUUACGAACAGGUGUUUGGUCAGAAUUACCAUUCAGUCGCUCCGCCAGUACAUUCUAGAAACAGCAGCAUGGAUGCUCUGUUAGAGGAGAAUGAAACGCUUAGAAGUUUACCAGUUGGCAACCAGCCUAGCGGAACUUACGUAGCAGUUCGACAUCCUCCGGGUAUCCUGGGUAGUCAAAGAGAGUUAACAAACCAAGUGAUUCUAGCCGGUGCCAGGGUAAACCCGGGGUAUUCCGAAGCACCCUUGUCCACCAUAUCUGGGUCUCAUGUAGCAGACAUUGUAGUUAGUUUACUUCCUUCACAUGUAUGUUCAACCAGGGUGGACAUUUUAUUGAGCAACGGCGGACUGGACAAUGCUGACCACUCAUCUCAGGUUUCAGCAGGGUUAAGUGAUAAUCAUGUGACUAGCUCUUCAUCUUCACCACCACCACCACCACCACCUCCUCCACCACCUCCACCACCAAGAUCUCCACCUCCACCAUUUUCAUCCUGGUCUUUCAGAAAUCCAAGUACUAAUAUUGGUGGAGUCGGCAGCUCAGAAUUGCAAGAGACUCUAAGACGCCUUCCUGGAAUGCAUAUCUCUAUUGAGGAUUUUUUCGCCUCUCUGAGGGUUUUGCAAGAUAAUGAGAAUGAAGGCCCGCCUCCAUCUUAUGAUGAAGCACUGAAAAUUUUGGAGUUGGCUGCUCUUGCCAAAGAGGGAAUGAGCAUCAUCACGUGA